GCCUGCGCGCAGUAAUGGCAGCGCGGUGAGCAGGGACGGAGCUGACAGCCGCCGCCGCCCACCCUCCUCGCCGGGCUUCGUCCUGCGCGCCCUCGGGCUGUCUCCCACCCCUGGCCCCUGCCCCGCGUCCCGCCUCUGCAGCAGGUAACCCGCUGAAGGCCCGGAUCCGGUUGCGGGCACCGGGAAACUUCCCUUCCCGAUUUCAACACUAAACUUGCACAAUGUCUUUGAAACCAAGAGUAGUGGAUUUUGAUGAAACCUGGAACAAACUCCUCACGACAAUCAAAGCUGUGGUCAUGUUGGAGUACGUGGAGAGAGCAACAUGGAACGACCGCUUCUCAGAUAUCUAUGCUUUAUGUGUGGCCUAUCCUGAACCCCUUGGAGAAAGACUUUAUACAGAAACUAAGAUUUUUUUGGAAAAUCACGUACGGCAUUUGCACAAGAGAGUUCUGGAGUCUGAAGAGCAAGUACUUGUUAUGUAUCAUAGGUACUGGGAGGAAUACAGCAAGGGUGCAGACUAUAUGGACUGCUUGUAUAGGUAUCUCAACACCCAGUUUAUUAAAAAGAAUAAAUUGACAGAAGCUGACCUUCAGUAUGGUUAUGGUGGUGUAGAUAUGAAUGAACCACUUAUGGAGAUAGGAGAGCUAGCAUUGGAUAUGUGGAGGAAAUUGAUGGUUGAACCACUUCAGACCAUCCUCAUCCGAAUGCUGCUCCGAGAAAUCAAAAAUGAUCGUGGUGGAGAAGACCCAAACCAGAAAGUAAUCCAUGGGGUUAUUAACUCCUUUGUUCAUGUUGAACAGUAUAAGAAAAAAUUCCCCUUAAAGUUUUAUCAGGAAAUCUUUGAGUCUCCCUUCCUGACUGAAACAGGAGAGUAUUACAAACAAGAAGCUUCAAAUUUAUUACAAGAAUCAAAUUGCUCACAGUAUAUGGAAAAGGUUCUAGGUAGAUUAAAAGAUGAAGAAAUUCGAUGUCGAAAAUACUUACAUCCAAGUUCAUAUACUAAAGUAAUUCAUGAAUGUCAGCAACGAAUGGUAGCAGACCACUUACAGUUCUUACAUGCAGAAUGUCAUAAUAUCAUCCGACAAGAGAAAAAAAAUGACAUGGCAAAUAUGUAUGUCUUACUCCGUGCUGUGUCCACUGGUUUACCUCAUAUGAUUCAGGAGCUGCAAAAUCAUAUCCAUGAUGAGGGCCUUAGAGCAACCAGUAAUCUUACUCAGGAAAAUAUGCCAACACUAUUUGUGGAGUCAGUUCUGGAAGUACAUGGUAAAUUUGUUCAGCUUAUCAACACUGUUUUGAAUGGUGAUCAGCACUUUAUGAGUGCGUUGGAUAAGGCCCUUACAUCAGUUGUAAAUUACAGAGAACCCAAGUCUGUUUGCAAAGCACCUGAAUUGCUCGCUAAGUACUGUGACAACUUGCUGAAGAAAUCAGCCAAGGGGAUGACAGAGAAUGAAGUAGAGGACAAGCUCACGAGCUUUAUUACUGUCUUUAAAUAUAUCGACGAUAAGGAUGUUUUUCAAAAGUUCUACGCAAGAAUGCUGGCGAAACGUUUAAUUCAUGGGUUAUCCAUGUCUAUGGAUUCUGAAGAAGCCAUGAUCAAUAAAUUAAAGCAAGCCUGUGGUUAUGAAUUUACCAGCAAGCUACAUCGGAUGUACACAGAUAUGAGUGUCAGUGCGGAUCUGAACAAUAAGUUCAACAAUUUUAUCAAAAAUCAAGACACAGUAAUAGAUUUGGGAAUUAGUUUUCAAAUAUAUGUUCUACAGGCUGGUGCAUGGCCUCUUACUCAGGCUCCUUCAUCUACAUUUGCAAUUCCCCAGGAAUUGGAAAAAAGUGUACAGAUGUUUGAAUUAUUUUACAGCCAGCAUUUCAGUGGAAGGAAACUUACAUGGUUACAUUAUCUUUGUACAGGUGAAGUUAAAAUGAACUAUUUGGGCAAACCGUACGUAGCUAUGGUCACAACAUACCAAAUGGCGGUUCUUCUUGCCUUUAACAACAGUGAAACCGUCAGCUAUAAAGAACUUCAAGACAGCACUCAGAUGAACGAAAAGGAACUGACAAAAACAAUCAAAUCAUUACUCGAUGUGAAAAUGAUUAACCAUGAUUCAGAAAAGGAAGACAUUGAUGCAGAAUCUUCAUUUUCAUUAAAUAUGAACUUUAGCAGUAAAAGAACAAAAUUUAAAAUUACUACAUCAAUGCAGAAAGACACACCACAGGAAAUGGAGCAGACGAGAAGUGCUGUAGAUGAAGAUCGGAAAAUGUACCUCCAAGCUGCUAUAGUUCGUAUCAUGAAAGCACGAAAAGUACUUCGGCAUAAUGCCCUUAUUCAGGAGGUGAUUAGCCAGUCAAGAGCUCGGUUUAAUCCUAGUAUCAGCAUGAUUAAGAAGUGCAUUGAAGUUCUCAUAGACAAACAGUACAUCGAACGCAGCCAGGCGUCAGCAGAUGAGUACAGCUACGUAGCGUGACGCGCGCUUCCCCGGUGUGGAUGUGAGAAGGUCAUUGCCAUCGCCAUCCGGUGUGUCCUGUGGGAGAAAGCAGGCCUGUGCCUCCAUAAUUUGGCCAUUUGGCAGCCCCUGUUUCUCUGCUGUUUACAACAUCACCAGUGCCACGUCAUGAGCGUCAGAGAAAAUGCCUAGAGAUAUUUCAAGCUCAUGUCAUUAUGACAUUUCUUAAAACUUUAUUAAAAAAGAAUGAGUGAAGUAUUGCUGAAAUGUGGAAAUUUGGCUGGGUACCAUGCUUUUUCUCCCCUUCACGUUUGCAGUUGAUGUUUUUUUUUUUUUUUUUUUAAUGUAUCUUAAAGGACAUAAGAUAAAAAACUUAAAUAUUGUAAUAUGACAGAUAACCUAAUAAUUGUAUCUACAUUAAAAUGACAAACAUGAUAUUGCUGCUUGUCAAAUAAAAAAAUAAAGAAAUAGAAUGCC